AUGAUCCCUGGAGGCUUGACAGAGGCCAGACCUGCCACUCCAGAAAUCCAGGAGAUUGCCGACAAGGUCAAAGAAAAGCUUGAGGAGAAAACCAAUGAGAAAUAUGAAAAAUUUGAAGCCGUCGAGUACAAAACUCAAGUCGUCGCUGGAAUCAAUUACUUCAUUAAGCACCAAUUUGUUCCCGAGAGGAAUGUUGGGCUCUAA